UUGACUGAAUGGGUUAUACGCAAGGACACAGAAUUGUCAACACUUGGCAUGGGGCCAGUGCGUGGUGAUGCAGCAAGCUUACAGAAACAAUUGGACGACCAUAAAGCUUUCCGCCGUCAAUUGGAGGAUAAACGUCCGAUUGUCGAGAGCAAUUUACUGAGCGGACGUCAAUAUAUUGCCAGUGAGCCACCUGUUUCGGACAACAGCGAUACCGAAGCAGCGCACGAUUCCGAUUCACGUUACAUGUCCGCCGAGGAGCAAAGCCGGGAGCUGACACGGAGCAUACGCCGCGAAGUUAACAAACUUUCGGAGCAAUGGAAUAAUCUAAUCGAUAGAUCCGACAGUUGGAAACACCGUUUGGAUGAGUACAUGACGGCUGGCUGGAUAAAGUAUCUCGACCAUGAAUUGACCCAAAUAUUUGCUAAAAAAGAAAAACCUGAAGAGAACGAAUAACAUUAAUGGUGGUUUUAUCUUAGCUGGAAAACUUCAGCAGAUUGAACAAAAUUCAAAAUCAAGGCAAUACAAAUAUGAAAGCAAUUUAAACCAGAAUGCAAUUCAAUAAUUAAAUCAAAAUAUAAAAUGUUGCAAUAAUUAAAUUCUUAUAACCAAGCAAAAUU